ACAUCCGCUGAGAACCGCUAUCUGUCAGAGAAAAACAUCCCGAGCAGGAAUCCGCUACACGGACACAGCCUGAUUCUUCCGCUGCUUCAGAAACGCUUGCUGUCGGUGUCUGGAGCUUCUCUGGAGACUCAAAGAGAACAUGCCCGGGGAGAGUUAACCGUACCCGGACUGCUGCUGCCUCCUCAGCCGGCUGAAGGACGGAGCAGGACGGGCAGACGCAGAUGGAGAGGCCGAGCAGGCUGGUACUGCUGUCCGAGCUCCGCGUCAGAAACACGACGUACGAUGUGAGCCUGAGCCGGUCCCAGCUCACCUGGAAGAGACGCGUCUCCAGCCCGGUGUACCACCCGUUCAGACCCAGGUUUUGUGUUCCUUCAUUCCCUCGUCGACCAGACUCAGGUGUGUGUCACAGUGUGUCAGUAUCAGAGAUCAUCUCUGUCAGAGAGGAAGAGGAGGAAAAUGGCAGCAGAAGAAGAGAGGAUGGCAGCUGGAAAAAGAUCAAAGAGAGGGAAGAAAAGGACUGCAGGCAGGCCUUCACAGUGCUGUAUGUGGAGCGGUGUCGGCAGCAUCGUUGGCGGUGUGCUGAGGUCACCUUCACAUGUUCAGACGGGCCGCUGUGUCAACACUGGAUCAGCAGCAUCAGAGAACAGCUCGCCACUAUCACCAGCAGACCCAAACACCUGCUGGUCUACAUCAACCCAUAUGGCGGGAAGCGCCAGGGCAAACGCAUCUACGAGCAGAAGGUCGCCCCGCUGUUCGCCCAGGCUGGCGUCUCCACACAUGUCAUUGUGACGGAGUAUGCCAAUCACGCAAGGGACCACCUAAAGACGGAGGCAGAGCUGGAGAAGUUUGAUGGUGUGGUCUGUGUCGGAGGAGACGGCAUGUUCAGUGAAAUCAUCCACGGGCUGAUCUGGAGGACACAGAUCGACAACGGUGUAGAUCCAAACUGUCCAGAUGAAACAUUGUCUGGCUGCUCGCUUCGCAUCGGGAUCAUCCCUGCAGGUUCCACAGACUGUAUCUGCUUUGCCACUGUGGGCACCAAUGACCCCGUGACCUCUGCACUGCACAUCAUAGUGGGAGACUCUCAGCCAAUGGACGUGUGCUCGGUUCAUCACAACAACACGUUCCUGCGAUACUCUGUCUCCCUGUUGGGAUAUGGUUUCUAUGGCGAUGUGCUAACUGACAGCGAAAGGAAGCGAUGGAUGGGACCAGCCAGAUACGACUUGUCAGGUCUGAAAAUGUUCCUGACUCAUCAUUACUAUGAAGGAACAGUGUCCUACCUGCCAGCUAGAGGCAUCAUAGGAACGCCACGAGAUGCUGCCAGGUGUCGAUCUGGCUGUGUGGUUUGUCAGCACAAUGGACAGCUACAUUCAGAGAGAGCUGAGAGCUACGAGAUGGAUGACAUGUCAAACUGUGAGAGUGAUGGCGAGUGGAGAACGAUCCGAGGGAAGUUUCUAGCAAUUAACGCUGCCAGUAUGAGCUGUGCUUGUCCUCGCAGCCCUAAGGGCCUCUCACCUGCUGCCCACCUUGCCGAUGGCACCACUGACCUCAUCCUGGUCCGAAAAUGUUCCCGCUUUGACUUUCUCAGACACCUCCUCCGACACACCAGCAAAGAUGACCAAUUUGACCUGACUUUUGUUGAGGUCCACCGGGUGCGGCGUUUCCGCUUCAUGCCACGUCACUGCCAGAGUGACUCAGAGCUGGAGCUGGAUCUGCAAGAGAAUAGCAAACACCAGAUCUUCAGCCAGAUCUGCCGAGACCACCCAGCUUGUGGCUGUGCACCUGCCUACAGCAGCUGGAACUGCGAUGGCGAGAUCCUGACCCACACGGCCAUUGAUGUCAGAGUGCAUUGCCAGUUGAUCAACCUGUUCGCACGAGGAAUCGAAGAGCCGCCAGUGUUCGAGGAUCUCACCAACCCAUGUGCAAUAUGAACCCCCCCCCCAUUAUUCUCUGCCCGACACUGGAGCUGUCUCUCUGUUGAUGCUCAUCGCAUUUUUCAUUUGGAGACAUUAUAAGAUUUGCUGACUCAGCGAUUAGUCAUGCUGUAACUCAACAGAUGUCAGGAGUACAAACGGAAGCAAAAGUUUACUCCCUGGGUCAAAGCGAUUUCCUGAUCUGCUUUUCUUAAAAUGUCCUGAACGGCUUUACAUGUAUUCCCUGGAAAAUAGGAAACUGCUGGAAAUCAGGAAAUUGUAGACCCAAAGAGUGAAGCUUGACCCUCAGAUUUUGGAUUUGUUUUAGGUGUGUCUAUUGGUGUUUGUUUGGGAUGGUUGCUGGGUGUCUGGUAUCUGCUUUGUUUAAUACUCAACUCCAGAGGGCUGUACUACGAUGCAAGUUUGACAUAGUCGGGCUUUCUGUGUGUAAGUCAGCUUGACGAAAACUAAAGCCUCAAGUCAGAAUUAACAAGUAUCAUGAAGGUGGUUAUCAACUUUUUUUUGUUAAUUCAGGCUUUCUGCUUCAGACUUGUGCAUAUUCACACAUUUAACACAUCAUUUGACUCUUCUUCCUCACAAAAUAAAAUGAUUGUGAGGAGUUGCUUCAGUCAACGUGUUGUUUUAAUGGAGAACAAUGUGGAAUAUAAAAAUGUAUGACGGUAAAAAGCUGCUGCAGCAAAUGAUGCAAAACGGGAAUGCUGGUAGAAAACUGCUAAACGUGCUUUAAUGUAUUUAUUUUAACGAUCACUGCAGCUGAUUAUUUCUGACUGACAACUGCACAAUGCAACCAUUAAACUUUAAACUUCAUUUAAUGAAACAUGAUAUUGUAUUGAAGUGCAUUUCGGUCUGACACUGUUCCAUAAUGCAGGAUAUCAGUUUAAUUUGUGACCGAAUCAAAGUGAAAUUAAUGUUGCUGAUUUAAUUUUCUCUGUAGUAAAUACCAGUAGAAUAAUCAGUUUUCUAACCUGUAUUUAACCCUUUAAUGCAUAACCUGGGUCAAAAGUGACCCAAAUCCAAUGGAAAAUGGGUAUCUCCUGAUGUGGUCUACGCAUCAAAGGGUUAAUGUGCUGCAGUAUCAGCGGUGAAACAGACUUGACAGCAAAUCAGGACCAAACUUAACAUGUUUAUACAGUGUCUGCAUCGCCAACUAAAUACAUGUAAAUUCCCAUGACAACGCAAUGCAUACAGUGCGUGAUACUGAAACUAAAUGGUUUCAUUCAGUGGUUGUAGUAUUACACAACUCAAGGUGUUUGCAUAUAAACCGUUUUCCCUCAGCUAAGAAUCUGUACCGUUCAUAAAGAAUCAUCAGGAAAUGCUUCGGUUAAAGGGAGGCGCUUGUUACAGCCGAUUUAAAUCUGAAACUCUGAACAAAACCUACUCCGGACCGGGUUAGCUCCACAGCUUCAGUUACUGUGGAGAUCUAUCCCGGUAAAAACAGAGCCACCUUCAUGAUACUAAAAACUCUGACAUUCGGCUCAACAUACCUGCUAACCCAUUAAUCUCGCUUCAUAGUACAGCCCCCAGGUCUGAAACUGAGACAAGCUCCAUUUGUCAGUAUUUCAUAUACCAAAGGUCAAAGCAACAUGGACUUUUGCAUGUCUGUGUUGCUCAAAAAAUGGUCACUGCCUAUAGAAUGGCCUGCAGAUUACAAAUCCAGUUUUAAUCUGAUGUCCAAUGCUUCUCGUAACUCAUUUGUUUCUGGCCACACAGAAACUGUCAAAGGUCAUUUUGAUUUCUCUCAGUCCGUCCUCUUGCUAUUCAGACUUGCUAGGUUCUAACCUGUCUCAUUUUGGUGAGUGUUUGACCUCAGCUUGUCAUGACUAAUUUGUCUUUUUGUGGAUGUGUGGUGACAGGGAUGCGUCUCAGCCAGACUGAUUUAUCUUAGCUCUGUUGGUGUUUAGACAGGAGGGGAGAGAUGCACAUCCUAAUUGUUUAUAGCAGAAGUCUCUGUCCGAUCACUCAGUUUCAUAUGUGUCUGGACUUCUCCAAGUCAUUCGGGGGAAUUGAGUCACACCUGACAUCAUCAGUCUGGUCUCAGUGCAUUGACAUGGACUUGUAGUGACUCUGACUCAUAGUCUCUUAGGGUCCUGCUAUUGCACUCGUUUCAGUCUUGUGGUCGGAGUUCUCUUGAUGUAAAUUUAUUUGUGUUUUGGCAGCCAGCCUCACCUGUUACUGUCUUUUGUCUUUAACAAUGCCAGAUCUUAUCAAGUUGUCUGUAGAGCCUGCUGUCGGUACUACAUAGUAUUUUUCCACCUUCUUUACUACAUGGAGAAGUUUUCUCAAAUAUUUAGUCUUAGUUUUGUGAUUGUUUUGGAUUUGGAUUUUUCCUGGUCUUACAGAGGACUUAUCUGGUUCUUGGCCGUUGGUUUCUCUACCUGUAACUGGACCCUUAUUUGAAAACAAAACGGAAACUGCUUUGGCUUGGACUGGUCUUGAACUAGAUUGUGGAUUAAUGGCGAGUUUCAGUCAUGAGUGUGAUUUCUUUUUUUUUUCUGUUGUGUCACUCUCUGCCUCAUGAAUACGUUGGUUUGGAUUCAGCUUGGACUCAACUUAAGCUGUCAGCCCUGCAAGUUAGAAUAGACAGAGCUUUUGUAUUUAUUCAGCAUUUUAGUGGAUUAGAAAUUCUUACACAAAUGUUUGCUUAUUUGCACUUUUUGUAUAGUUUAAAUAAUAUCCUUGAUUUGGAAUUAUCUGUUACAAGUUUAAGCGAUGCCAGACACCUGCCAGUCAUUCCGGGGAUCAUGUGGUCAUUAGGGGUCAGAGGUGAUUUACAUUCAUAAAAGUAGAAAGCAAAUCCCUUGUAGGUGGUCAGUACCUGUGAUGCUGACAGGUUUGUUUUCCACUGCUGACCUUUUCUCUAACAAACACCAUCCUUGUUCUUUGGCUUGCAAAGGUUUCUGCUCCUCAGACAGGUUCUGCCACAUUACGGUCAUUUCUCAGGAAGACCUGAGCCAACUCAUAGCUUCCCAAGCUGUAUGCUUACCCAUUUGAAUUCACUGAAAUUCAGGAAAAAAGACAAAUGUCAAAUUUUAAUUUUAAUUAAGAAGAUUUUGUGACAGUCAGGCUGGUCAUGGCACACACAAUGUUUUUAAUCUUCUAUUUUUGCUCAAUAUGCAAAAGAACUUAGUCUGAGCAAAGCUAUAACACAACUGAAAACAUCAAGAAUUACUGCUUUAACACAGAGAUUGUUCUGUCUUCAAAAUGAGCUGUAGCUGUGUCUUCAAUUUACUCUCAGUAUCACAUGACAUUCUCAUCUGUCAGGGUUAAUUUUGUCCAAUAAAACCUUAGAGUAGUCAUCUGAACCUUUCAAAGUUCAAUUAAGUUUUUCCGGCAACACAAAUCUAUUUUUGUAAACAAAUGCCUUCUUAAUUUAUUUUAUUCCAUCUUUCAAAGCUGUUGUAAGAUACACUUCUUGGCCAAAAGUAUGUGGACAGCUGGGCAAGGCAGCCAUAUUUGAUCGGUGAACCGCUUAUUCCACAAAACAGCCUUCCAUGGAUGCAAUGAUUUGCUCCCACUAAGCCAAACAGACAUGAUAUUGGGGGAUAAGGUCAAGCUCUCUGUUGGUGUUCAUGUUCUUCCCGAAGAUGUAGGGCUUUGUGCAGACCGGUCAAGUUCUUCCCCACUAAACUGAGAAAACCAUUUUAUAUGCAUCUUACUUUAUGCACAGAGAGCUGUUGAAAAUGGAAAGAGACAAAAAUGAUGACAAACAGUUCAAACUGUCUUAACAGUUACACCUGUAUUUAUUAGCCCACCAAAGAACGUGGCGGAGUUCUGUGACGAUUAGCUUUAGUGUGUCUGACUGUCUGUUCGCAACAUUACUCCAAAAUAGACUAACGGAUUUGGAUGAAAUUUUCAGAGAAGGUCAGAAAUGACACAAGGACCAAUUGAGUAGAUUUUGGCAGUGAUGUGGCUUUUAGUCUGCAUCAUCAGAUUUGUUAAAGAUUUCUGUAUCAUUGCGAGAUAACAGCACAGCGUCACUGUAACUAUGACAACAAGUGAACACUACGUCAGCUGCCUGCUGCUGAUCACAUGAUUGCAAUUCUACUACAAAUCGGCCGCUGCGAACUUACCGAGACUUAUUAGUCGGCAAUGAUACAACGACUGAGCAGCCUUGGCAGAGUACUGCACUCUCUGAGUUCUUGUUUAUACAUGCUCUACCAUCAGCAGUGCUGACCUUAAUUUUCCAGAUAGAUGGAACUUUCCUGUAGAAAUUCCAUUCUAUAAGAGCAAAUAUGUCAGCUGAAAAAGACUCCUGAACAGUUUGGAUCACAGAUUGUACCCAACAGAUGUCUCAUAUCAUCUCAACAGAUGUCCUGUACUAAAAAGUGUUGGUUACAUUUGAAUUAUUCGAACAGUUUGAACGAUUACAACACCAUUUGUUAUACAUGCUAACAGAGUGGCUGAAGUUACAUAAUUGACGGUAAAAUUGGGCCUCAAAAACAAUUAAAGAACACAAUCGGAUCUAUAUUCCUCAACCAAUAUACAUGUGCAACCCUCUGCAGCAUUUUUUACGGGGAUCACUGAAAAUAAGAAUGUAAAUGUCCGUCUACAAACUUUUGGCUGGCCGUGUAUUAACAGACACUUUAUUUUCUCAGCUUCGUCAAACAAAAAACAUAGAAAAAACAAAACAAGUGAAUUCAUCUCACUGUGAGUGAUGUCAUUUUGUGAAUUUGCAUUGUGUUAAAGGAAGCGUCUCUGUAAAGUCCAGUGUUGAUAUUCAACCAUCUGCUCACACAGACACAGUUUUUUCAUUGUUGAAAACCUUCAUGGUGGACUGCUCUGAGCAUGUUGUAGCCUGACGUUAACAGUCUCUGUAGCUGCUGCUCAUUGUGCUCAAGAGGUUCAUUUUUGCCGAGAAUUUAAUCUACAUGUAGCAACAUCAUGUGUAAUAUGAUUUUUUGCCCCAAGGACUUUCCACACAUAUCUGUUGAUAAUAUAAAAUGCUCAGCUCUCAGUCCUUCUCUGCAGAGUCGUUUCUUUGAAUGGAGAUUAAUUCAAACUUGGACAGUAGGUUGAGCAUCAACACUGGACUGUCAGACUGUACUGGAUGCUGUUUUUUUGUCCGUUGUUUGUUUGUUGAUCAGCAGUCCUGUUUCCUUUCUGCAGACAUCGAGCUGGACUCACACUGACAGAUAAGGGAACCAGUAGCAGCUCACGGUGUUCCAAAACACCAGUCAAUCAGCUUUCAGCUUUAUCCUGAUCUUGACCUGACCAAAUACUAGCUGGGGUUUUCUAAUGUAGCUGAUACUGUGAUGGUUGUAGCUAAGUCAAGAAGUCUUCACGGGUUUCAAAUGUUUAACCAAAUACAAAGCAGAUCGAAAUUUACUCAAGGAUCAUUGGUAAUCCAAAAUCCUUAUUACGGUGACUAUAAUGUGACCCGGGCCCACCAAAGGCCACAAGUUGAGCCUAUGGUGAUUGGGACCAGGUGGAUCUGUGAAGAGCUAUAGCUGAGCCUCACGUUGUCUCUUGUUGAUUCAUGUUCUGAAGCUGUAUUCAUGUACAAUCAGAAUCUGCUGUAAACCCCCAAACAACAAACCAAAUGUGCACACAGAGGUCGACUGAUGAAAGAUAACUGAAGUGGAUUUUUAAUUAGGAGAGGCUAACAAAUCUUCAUUUCCAUUCAGUGGACGCUAAUUUUCAAUGAAAUCUGUUUGUGCUUUAGCACUAUCAAAGAUUUAGCGGCUGGUCAACUCAGAGACAUAUAAAUUUGCAUGCUUUUGUGAAAUAGUCAGUGCUCAUCUAAUAUUGGAAAUGCAGAGCUACUAUAACUGGUGCGCUCACCGCUAAAAUGCUAAGUAGGCCAGAAAAUGCCGGCCAUAGCUCACCAGCAAGCUCAGUUGCUGACUAGCGGUAUAGCUAAGCUAUCCAGUCACACUAGCUAGCUGCCAACUUUGCGACUAGAUAACGCUGCAGUCACACAGGCACAAUAGGAGCCUGUCUUACCAUUAGUGUUGUUAAUCAAAUCUUGAUAAGGAAGUGACCACGCUAUCUGGCAAGCUAACAGCAGAUGUAGCUAGGAAGCUAUCAUUACACAAAGACAACAGCUUGUUUCUAAUUUACUUGUACAGUGCUUUUUGUUCCCUUCUAUUACUGGCAUUUUGGUGCCUUUAGACAGCUUUCAACUGCAGGAACUCAGGCCAGAUGUGAGAUUGCGCAAACAUUUAUAGAAACCAUCCCCUAAACUAGCCUUUCAACCACACACAGAGGUUUGAGCCACCCUGAAAUGUCCCGCCCAUCCUACCAGUGCAAAUGGCUUAUUGUCAUGUUAGCAUAAAAACUGAAUUCAUCUCCAAAAAUAUAUAUUUAUACUACAGACUCCUGCACCACAAGCAUCUCCAUAUCAUGUCUCUCUUAUGAAGAUGUGCACCCUUCAACAUAGGAGAUUAUAAACUGGAAGGUGACUGCUAAUAAUCUAAGGAUGUCAGGGUGGCUCGUUGUUGGAUACAUUGGCCAGUAAAAGGUCAUCAGAGUUGAAUUAGGCAUGACAAUUGUCACAGUUCUCAUUUAUCGAUGACAUUUCUGCGUUUUUAACCCUAUGCCACCAGACCGUAUUUACAAGCAGCCAACUGGUUUGUGUCUGGCAGACUUAGUUGAUUCUGAGUCACAAAUAUCAAGAAUUAAUAUGGUACUAUAUUGUCGCCCGCUUGAUGAAAAGAACUACAUGUGUAUCCAAAAACUAGUGGCGUUCUACUGAUCUGCAUUCUAGCAGUUAGCAAGCUAGCUACAGUUACAGUUAACAAAGGGAACUUGGUGUCAUGAACUGCAGACGGACAUCUGACUGUGAACCAGCUCACAUCCAAUUUUUUGACUUUAUACUCUUAACAGAACAAGGUAUAAGUAAAUGAUGACACACAGCUAAUGAAGUAGCUUCCUCAAAUUUGAACUUUGCGGCUCUUCCUUCCCCCAAAGGUCAACACUGAUAUUAUGGUUUGAAUAUGAUCAUGCUGUCAAAAAAUGUCUUUGAUACAGAUGCUGGCAUGACAAGGACCUGCGAAAGAAUGAAAUGUGUAAAACCCUAGAUUAUAGAAGUACAGAUACAACCAAAUCAUCUCUAGUGUUGUGUAGAAUAUGUAAAAUGAACUGCUAGUAAUCAUUAUUUUUAGCACUGCUUAAUCAGUAAUCACUGAUUUAUUUUUCUGGUUAAUCGAAUAGUAUCUUGGUUUUAUAUUUACAUAUAUAUUUAAAAACUAAAUGUCCCUCUUUCAUUCUCAAAACUUUUCAAGUUCAGAGUGAUUCUUCUUUCUUCAAUUUUUACUGAAGAAACAAUGUUAUCACUUUGUGAUGUUAAAGCCUCUCAUGCAUAUGGGAAAUAUUUAAAUUUUCAACACUUUACUGUAAUCUGACUAACAACUAGUUGGAUCUAGAGAAUCAGUCGACCUCUCGCUGUAAUCUGAGCUGUACCUAUCACCUUCUGCUGUAGCUGUUGCAUUAUUAGGAAUAAAAACAUUUCCAACACUU